CCCCAACGAUACAUUUUUCUCCCCCCAAAGUAAAAUUUUGUGAAAGUGUGCGGCCCGCCAAAGAUGUCUGCAUCCCCGGGCUCGGGUGCCUCGAACCCGCGGAAGUUCAGCGAGAAGAUCGCGCUGCAUAACCAGAAGCAGGCCGAGGAGACACGGGCCUUCGAGCAGCUCAUGACGGACCUCACCGUGUCCAGGGUACAGUUCCAGAAGAUUCAGCAGCUCCGUCAGACUCGAGCUCAGUACUAUGGCGGCUCAUUGCCAAAUGUCAACCAGAUAAGCAACGUCAGUGCAGACUUUCAGGGCCCAUUUCACUCAGGUCUGGACAGUGUGCGAGGGACCCGCCAUCAUGGCCUGGUGGAGAGAGUCCAUCGAGAUCGCAACCGUAUCAACUCCCCUCACCGCCGGCCCAUGGACAAGCACGGUCGGCAAGUGGACAGCUCCCCAUAUGGAACUGUGUACCUUUCACCCCCUCCGGACAACAGUUGGCGAAGGGAGCAGCAGACCUGGAGCGGAGAAAAACGGCCUGGAUUUAGAUUUAUAUCCCAACUAAACAGGACAAACUCUGACUCUGCCCUACACACAAGUGCCAUGAACCCCAAUCCGCAGGAUCCAUUUGGCAUGAACCAGCAGAUGGCCCGGUGUCCACCACAGCGCAACGCCAGCGUCAAUGAAGCGGAGGUGGAUGGCUCUGGAGACGUUUUCUCUUUUCCUGCCUUGCCAAAUGAGGAGGGCCUCAUGGGUGUCAGUAAGCCCCUACCCAAACAACUGUUGGAGGCCAAAAAGGUUCAGUCUCUCGCUUCUCGGCCCAAAUCAUGUGAAGUGCCUGGAAUUAACAUUUUCCCAUCCCCAGAGCAGAACACUGGGCUUUCCCAUUAUCAGGGGACACUAAACACUGGGGGAUCCCUGCCAGACCUCAGUAACCUGCACUUCCCAUCUCCCCUGCCCACUCCCUUGGACCCUGAAGAUGGGAGCUACCCAAACCUCAGUGGGGGGAGCAGCACCGGCAACCUACCUGCAGCUAUGAUGCACCUUGGUAUUGGGAACUCGCAGGGGCUCUCAUCUUCUCUGAGCAAUCCCUCCAUCCAAGCCUCUCUCAACAAUUCUCAGCUCCAUUCAUCUCUCAGUAACCCAUCCAUCCAUUCAACUCUGCGGCUCUCCUCACUGUCAAACCCAACCCCCGGGGGACUGAGCAGCUCCCCAAGGCGACGGCCCACACCCAUCAGCCCCCUAACGCUUUCCCCUGGGGCAGACCAGCGCAGGGGUCUGGGCAAGCAGCUGUCACCCACCAUGUCUCCUUCUCUUUCACCCAUCACGCAGGGAGUUGCCUUGGACACCAGCAGCCUACCGAUGGAGCCACCUCCUCCCUACCCACUCUACAAGCAGUCCCAACAGGCUCUACAGCAGCAGCAAUCUCAUCCACCCCUGCAGCAGAGCACACAGCACCCACAACAAGGACCGAACCACCAGCAGCAGCCGCAGCAGCAGCAGCAGCCGCCAGUGUCACCUCUACAGAACCUCCACAUGGAUUUCAAUUCCAGCAGUCACAACAACAUGGGGACCUUUUUCAGCGACCCCUUCAUGGACCCGCAGUUCCCUAACCGACAGGCCAAGGCUCUGAAUUAUCAGCUGGACCAGUUCAACAUGCUGGACAAUAGCAUGGGUUCUAUGGGUGGGACCACUUGCUUGGACCCCACCUCCAACCUUUACUACUCCCAGGCAGCUCUAAUGGGCUUAGGUGGCAACCAUGGCAACCUGCAAGACUCACUGCAGAUGAGGCAGAAUUUACUGUACUCCAACUGUGGAGGUGCUGUGCCCAACAUCAUCCUAACUGAUGACUCUAAUCCAAGCCUGUCUAAGGACAUCAGCAGUGCCCUGUCAGCUGUGCCUGAAUGCUUUGACUCUGAGGGGGGCUUCCCACUAGAGGAUGAGCUGCGCAUCGAGCCCCUGAGCCUGGAUGGCCUAAGCAUGCUCAGCGAUCCCGACAUGGUCCUGCCUGACCCCUCUGUAGAGGACAGCUUCCGGAGUGACAGACUGUAGGGUAGACAAGAAGCCAUUCCAGCUUCCUGCCUGGACACUUGUUUGCGUUACAUAAGCGAAUGAGCCACAUGAAGACACAUUCAUACAUGUGCAUACACACAAACAUGCAUACUCAUUCACAUAACGGUACACUGCAGGGUACACUAUUGCCAGUGGAGAGGUGAGAGUCAAAGCAGUAAAAUACAUGAAUGCAGAUAUGGGUAGAGAGAUAUUUGUAAAUGAAAAAUUUGUCAGGCUUGCAUUAAAAUCUGCAGCCGUGCGUCCGCACAAGAGUUCUUCAUCUUGUUCUGGCAGGCAGUCAUAGCUUGAUUCAGCCAGGCACAACCACCCUUCUGAGCUAACCUCUCCUUUUUGUCUGGACUGAAUCAGUUUAGAUACUUGUCCAGCCCCUCACAAGUGUCAGUGUUGUUGAGAUGGCUCUAAUACUGUUCCUGGAGCAGAGCUGAGAAGCCUUUGUGUAAACACAGACACCGAAGAAAAGAUGUCUAACAAAGAACUUGUCCACAGACAGAAAGAUGUAUUGUCAUGCUCUCUUUGUUGUACUCACCUUGUUCAGCUAUGAAGCAUGCCAAGCCUGUCAUUUCGACCCAUUCCUCACCUUACUGUUCAAAGCCCAUGCAAAAAUAUCUAAAAUAAGAGUUCUUGCGCUUGGUGUGAGUCAAGGAGGUUAUAGGCACAGAAGUGUGAUUUACUGGUUGUGGUGACUUGUCAAUCAAAGAGAGAAGGCUGCUUAAAUCCUGUUCACAUCUUGGGUGGUGCCUGGGUCCUUUCCAACCUGUCAAGUGAUCAUGAAGGGAGGGGGAUAAUAUAUACAUUUAUAGUGACUAUGGAUCUGAGUCGUAUAUAAAUGUGGCGGUAUGGAGUGUUGUGGAGUGGGCACCAGUUUUGAUCACCAGCCAAUACGCAAAGACAGUACACAAUGCUCUUGGUCAUCAGCGGGCGUAGUCGGCCAAUAGCGAUGUCAGCACCAGCAGAGUUUAUAAGAAUGUAUCGGGACCUCAUGCAAGCCAUGUUGGCCAUCUUAGCACUUCUGCCACAAGAGUUUAUUACACCGAUACAAGCCAGCAGCCAAGUUUUCACCACUAGGCCAGUCCCUGCUAAGGAAAUGAUUUUACAAUCUAAGUAAGGCAAAACAAUCUUUUUGGAAGAGUGACAAAGGUCAAUUAUAUCUUUUAUGUACAGAGCAUUAUUUUUAAUAUGUCUUUGCAUAAAUAUUUUGUUAGAAAUUGUUUGCCUCAUAUCUUUGCAGUCUGCUUCGAAUGUAUUUUUAAUAUAAGACAAAAAGGGCAAACUGUUUACAAAAAAAAUACCAUAGUGUUUUUUUGAAAUUUCAAAAGCAGUUUUGAUACAAUUGUAAAGGAAUUUCUGUUAACACUAUAGUUGUCUUGAUCUCCUCAAAGUAGAACUUUCAUCCCUUCGGAGAGACUGAGUGCUUUAGAUUAAAUCUGCCUUUGCAGAAGUAGAAGCACUAGGUUCUGAUCGGCUGGAACGACUUUUAACAUAAAAAGGAGCUGAUUUUACUUGUUACGCUAGUAAUUAUAUACAUAUGUUAUGUACAGAGCAUUGUUACUGCAGCUAAUUCACCAUAAAAAGUCCAGUUUUUUUUUUAUUAAAUGUUGUGUCAUACCCUGCUCUGUAUGGAUAGUUUCUCCUUGUCCAGCUGGCAUCUGCCUCAGCCCUAUCCCACAACAGGCACCGAGUGUGAAAGGGCUGAAGAGUCCCGAAGGUGCAAGGACAGCAGGGGACAGUUGCAAACCUGUAGAUGCAGUACCGUUCUCAUUGACCCCCCCCCCCCCACCACCACCUUCUGCUUGUGUGUAGGUUUUGCACUGACUCUUAUACUGCUUGUACAGUUUUUUUCUUUUUUUUUUUGCUGACAGAUUUGAAACAGUGAAAUAUCAAAUUAUAUGAAAGAUUUCAAAAGAUGUACAUAGCGGUAUGUUAGAAUGCAUAAGCUAAGUCUCUGUUCGAUAUCUUCAAGCGCUUCAUCGCCCCUUCAGGAUGGAAAUAUGCUUAAUUCCACAGUUAUUAAAAUGUAACGCCAUCUUUGGCAUUUUCCCUUCCGUUUACCAAAAAGCCUUAAUGAAAAUAAUCUUUGUGGUUUAUAGGAUAAUUCAGUAAAUUAAGUACAGUCACAUCACAUAACAGUAUAACAGAAUUACUAUGAAGUAAGUAAUAUUUGAAGUCCGAUUCCUGCAGAUGUAGCUCUUCACCGCCUGCCGCUGUUUACUUUGGUUACAUCACUAGUUUUCUGACAGCACCUCAUGUCCACGUCACCAGUUGACUGGAGUCGAAGAAUCACCUGGACUCAUUUUUCCUAGCUGCUGUUCGCAUUCAAAUUGGUGUAAAUGUUCAUUUUGGUAACAAAUAACCCUGAGCAAAGCCAGAUGCAUUAGUGUUGUACAGUCUCGCAGUGCAUGGGCAGCGCAUGUGAUCGUCCAAAGCAUGUACUCCAUCACAUUUAAAAUGGAAGCGACGGGGUGCCUUCACAGUGGCAGCUUCUCAUUCCUACAUGUUUAUUGCUCUGACUUCAGGAGUAAAGGAAUGUGAGGUGUCACGCUUGUUCUGUGUGCUGUGUCCACUGUUCAUACAGAGGGACCAGUGCUGUGGUUCAGCAGACACUAGUAGUGUCAGUGAGGGGGAGAAAGAGACUAGUAGGCAACCGGUUUCACUGGUGUUUGUCAUAGAAUUAUCCAUAGGAGCAGAAAGAGGUUUGGUUUCGGCUUGCAGUUGCCAUUUUUCUCAUUUCGCUUUUGUGUUUUGAUGGCAAUGUUUUGUUUUGCUCAUGUUGACAAACAUGUAGACUGCACCUGUGAAUGCUGUUUUUGGGAGAGUGGAAAUGUAAUGUAUUCUGUUAGUGGUAAUUGGUGUUGCUUUUGUUGCCUGCUCAGCUGUUCUCCCCUUGCAUUGUCUGUAUUUCAGUCCCCUCAAAGACAAGGGUGGUUAAGACUAGUUUUUCUUGGAGCUUUGUAAAACCUUGCCCUGGUGUUUGGGGGGUUAGAGAACCAGAACUUGAGAAUGUUUAACUCCUCACUGUCAUCUUGUUCUGGUUUGAUGUUUGUUUUACGCUGACAUGCAAGGACUCUUAGCCCUGUGAGGAAAGGUGGGAACCUGUCCUUAUUUUAGGGAGUCUCUUAGUCUUGAUUCUACUUGUUUUACUGAGAAGGAUCCUGUCUUCGAUUGCCUUACUUUGCUCAACUCUGACCUCCAGGUUUCCCCUCUGCUCAUACUGUGAUGUUUGGCUUGCUCCUCUGGCCCUCCUUUUUUCAGCUUUUUUGCUUUGUUACCAGUCUCUUUUUAUUAUUGAUGGUAGUGCUGUUAAUGUUAAGACUUGUUUUAGAAGGAAUCCAGAUUUUUUUUUGGUGUAUUUUUUUAGUUACGUUAAAACGAUGUACAGUUCUAUUAUUUAAAGAAUGUUUCUUGUCACUAGUGUUGUUUUUGUAAUGUCAUUUAAAUCUUUCUUUUUCAGAUAUUAAAAUUUUAAUACACAA